GCACCGGUGCGGAUAUUGUCACCAUGACGGGGCUAAAGGAGCGUCUUUUGUGCGACAGAGCCGACUUACUACCCGAUCGCACUGCCUUCCCCCCUUUCCUCCCGUUGUGUCCGUCUUCCGCUCCAGAGCUGCUCGCGGGCCUUUGUUAGCACCCGCGUCACAAGUACCUGUCCGGUUGCGGGAUACUCGGCACACCGGCAAGAGAGCCUGGCCGUUAGGGCCAGCAUCUCAACCGUUUGUUAUAAAACACACGUUGGCCCCCAUGUUUGGUUACCGGUUCACCCGUGGCUGAAUGCAGCGUGAAGUCGGAGGAGGGGGGCAGGCCGUGUUAUUGUUGCGAGACGCCGACAGACCGAGCCAGCGACCAAGUCUUUCUCUUGCCAAACUCGCUUCGGGCGUGAGUGAAUCCGAAUUCGUGCGAGUGAUAACCUCGGUUAUUGAUCGUGGGUGCCGGUGCGUAUUCUGCUUGCUUUUGUUGACAUGUCCGCCGUGGAAGAGGAAAGACAAACGCUGUGGUGGAAUGAGCAGUGUGUGCUGAAGAGGAAAGCAGUACUCUGGCAGGAUUCCUUCAGCCCCCACCAUAGAACUAGGUCUCCCAGCAGCAUGCCCGUGGUGCUGAGCAGCGGAGGACACGCCCCUCCCACCGGGCAGGCUCCUCAGGCCGCACCGCCCAGCCAGCAGGGUGUGGCAGGUGCCGGACGUUCCCAGGAUGACGCCAUGGUAGACUACUUUUUCCAACGACAGCACGGCGAGCAGCCCGGAAAGCACCGCUGGCCCGCUGGGGACAACAUCCAUGACAGCCAGGUGCGCUCCAUGGACGAGUUGAAUCAUGACUUCCAGGCUCUAGCUUUGGAGGGACGCGCCAUGGGAGAGCAGCUGCUCACCGGGAAGAAGUUCUGGGAGACGGACGACUCCGGGAAGGAUGGCCCAAAGGGGAUCUUCCUGGACCAGUGGAGGGACAGCGCAUGGGGGGCCUCAGACCACUCGGUGUCUCAGCCAAUCAUGGUGUCCCGCCGACCCGGUCAGGGUUUCCAUGGCGGCGGUGAAGUGGGCGUGGGCUCUGUUAUGUCGCCGCGAUCCGAGAGCGGAGGGCUGGGCGUCAGCAUGGUGGAGUACGUGCUCUCCUCCUCGCCUGCCGACAAGCUGGACGCCUGCCUACGGAAAGGACCUUAUGGCCAGCGGGACAGCGAGGUGGUGGAGGACAAGCGGGAGAAGCCAAAGGCGACGUUUGAGGCGGAAAAGUUGAAAGAGCUGGCGGAGGUGGAGGCCGACGUCAUCAACGAGGUCAUCAACCCCAACGGUCUCCCCGUGCAGAACGGUCUGGACGUCGACGUCAAAGAGUUCGGCCGCCCGCCGGGCAACAUGCAGCCCCCGGGCCCGGACGGGGACCUGCUGGGCGGCCCGGGGGGCGUCGGCGUGGACGGGCUGGCGCCCCUGGGCGGCACUGGUGGCCCCAAACCGCCCGAGGACUUCCCCGGCGUGGACCAGGGCGGUGUUGCCAUGGACCCGAUGGAGUCGGUGAUGGAGCCGCUUCAGUUCGACUACAACUCUCAGAUGCCUAUGGACUCGGCGCCCACCGUGGGACUCUUUGAUUACAACAGCCAGCAGCAGCAGCUCUUCCAGAGAAGCAACGCUCUGGCCGUGCAGCAGCUCACCGCCGCUCAGCAGCAACAAUACGCCUUGGCGGCAGCACAGCAGCCCCACAUUGGUCUGGCCCCUGCCUUUGUUCCCAAUCCUUACAUCAUCAGCGCUGCCCCGCCAGGUACAGACCCCUACGCGGCGGGACUAGCGGCGGCGGCAACUCUCGGGCCAGCAGUGAUGCCUCCUCAGUACUACGGCGUCACCCCGUGGGGCGUGUACCCUGCCAAUUUAUUCCAGCAACAAGCAGCUGCCGCCAACAACUCGGCCAAUCAGCAGGCGGCAGGCCAGGGCCAGCAGAACCAACAGCAGGUGAUGCGUGCGGGAGGCAACCAGCGUCCCAUGACGCCCAGCCAGGGGCAGCAAGGGCAGCAGAACGAGCAGCUAGUUGCCACGGCAGCCGUCAACUCCGCCCUUGCCUUUGGGCAGGGGCUCGCAGCAGGAGUGCCUGGUUACCCUGUCCUGGCCCCCGCAGCCUACUACGACCAGACGGGCGCCCUGGUGGUCAAUACCGGUGCUCGUAGCGGUCCCGUUCGUCUCAUGGCCCCCGCGUCCGUUAUCAUAUCGCCUUCUGCGGCGCAAGCAGUUGCUGCUGCGGCGGCCUCGGCAGGCAACGGCAACGGCGGCCUGGGCGGCGGCGCCAACGGCCCCUUCCGCACCAUGACAUCCCAGCAGCCCCAGCAGCAGGGGGGCCCCGGCAGCGGACCUCUGGGCGGCAGUUCCUUUUACGGCUCCUCCUCGCUCAGCUCAUCUUCGCAGAGCUCCUCGCUCUUCUCACAGGGCUCCGGCCAGCCCGGCCCGGGUUCCGCUUCCCUGGGCUUCAGUCAGCAAGCCUCUUCCUCCCUUGGUGCCACUCUGGGGGCCACAUUGGGAGGCUUCGGUACUGCGGUGGCCAACUCGAGUGGCGGCAGCGGUUCCCGGCGCGACUCUCUGACAGGCAACAGCGAGCUAUACAAGCGCACUCCUUCCAGCCUCACGCCCAUCGGCCACAGUGGCUUCUACAACGGCACGCUGGGCUUCAGCCCCUCGCCCGGCCCGGUGGGCAUGCCGCUGCCCAAUCAGGGCCCUUCCCACUCACUCACCCCGCCGCCCUCGCUCUCCAACCACAGCUCCUCAUCCAACCUCAAUUUGGGGGGCCUGACCAACGGGAGCGGGCGCUUCAUCUCGGCCGCCCCGGGUGCCGAGGCCAAGUACCGCAGUGCUGCCAGCUCUGGCUCGUCGCUCUUCUCUCCCAGCAGCCAGCUGUUCCCGUCGUCACGGCUACGCUACGGGAUGUCAGACGUGAUGCCGUCGGGACGCAGCCGCCUGCUGGAGGACUUCCGCAACAACCGCUACCCCAACCUGCAGCUGCGCGACAUCGCCGGACACAUCAUGGAGUUCAGCCAGGAUCAGCACGGCAGCAGGUUCAUCCAGUUGAAGUUGGAACGAGCCAGUUCGGCUGAGCGCCAACUCGUCUUCAGUGAAAUCCUGCAGGCCGCAUACCAGCUCAUGGUGGACGUCUUUGGCAACUACGUCAUCCAGAAGUUCUUUGAGUUUGGCAGUCUGGACCAGAAGCUAGCGCUCGCCGAGCGUAUCCGUGGCCACGUCCUGUCGUUGGCGCUGCAGAUGUACGGUUGCAGGGUCAUCCAGAAGGCGCUGGAGUUCAUCCCGUCUGAACAGCAAGUCAUUAGCGAGAUGGUGCGCGAGCUGGACGGCCACGUGCUCAAGUGUGUGAAGGACCAGAACGGCAACCACGUGGUGCAGAAGUGCAUCGAGUGUGUGCAGCCGCAUGCUCUGCACUUCAUCAUAGACGCCUUCAAGGGACAGGUGUUUGCCUUGUCCACUCACCCGUACGGCUGCCGAGUCAUCCAGCGCAUCCUGGAGCAUUGCUUGCCCGAACAGACCCUGCCCAUCCUGGAGGAGCUCCACCAGCACACCGAGCAGCUCGUGCAGGACCAAUAUGGCAACUACGUCAUCCAGCAUGUGUUGGAGCAUGGCCGAGCUGAAGAUAAGAGCAAGAUAGUGGCGGAGAUCAGAGGGAAUGUGCUGGGACUCAGCCAGCACAAGUUUGCCAGUAACGUGGUAGAGAAGUGCGUGACUCAUGCCUCGCGGGCGGAGCGAGCGUUGCUGAUCGACGAAGUGUGCAGCCUGACGGAGGGCCCUCACAGUGCCUUAUACACCAUGAUGAAAGACCAGUACGCCAACUACGUGGUGCAGAAGAUGAUCGACGUGGCCGAGCCCACCCAGCGCAAGAUCGUCAUGCACAAGAUCCGGCCGCACAUCUCCACGCUGCGGAAGUACACGUACGGCAAACACAUCCUGGCCAAGCUGGAGAAGUACUACAUGAAGAACGGCGUGGACCUGGGACCCCUUUGCGGCCCCCCCAACGGCAUCAUGUAAACACGACACCCAACCGCCUGAAUAUGGUCGUAAUUCUUGAAGAAGGAACCCCCAGCCCCUUACCCCAAUCCUUCAGUUUCCAUGACAACCCUUCCAAUAGCCCCUCCCCCUUCCCUAGCCGGGCCUGCUGAACUUGGGGUUGGUGUUCCACCUCUCCCGUUAUUUCUUUUUUUUUUUCUCCCCUAUUUAACUUUUGACUCCCUACCACUAUGCCGAAUGAUUUGAAAUUUGUCAGCCACUAUUCCGAAUGAAUUGACAUUUGUCAUCCAAUCGUAGAUGAGUGCACACAAUGGCCCGCGCGCGUGAGCGAGCUAACCAGCCUACAUGUCAUUUAGCAUGGGAGUUUUCUGGUCUUGCUUCUAUAAAUAUAACAUGUAUACUUGGUGUAGAAUCUUUGCAUAUACAGUACAUAUAAAUAUAUAUAUAUAAAUAUAUAUAUAAAAACUUUGUAGGUUUUUUCUGGUUUUUUGAUGUCAACUGUAUCUAUAAUGUAUCCUAGUAGUGACCACGCAUACUUCUGACUGUAUACUUGUACAUUUGUAAACCCUUGUAAUGUAAAAGUGCUUUACCGCCCUUUUUUGGUAUGAUGAUGAUGAUGGAAAAAAAAAGUUAGGGGGGGGG